AAAAGACUUCUUGAAUGUAACCACUGAGGGAAAUCUUUUGUCACAGGAAACAUCUUCCUCAGCAUCUGGUUGUUUAUACCAAAGAGAAACUCUACAAGUGUCUUGACUAUUUAAAAAACAAACAAACAAAAAAACAGUUCCUGUUGCAGAAUAUUUUCUGUCAACUGAGGAGCAACAUCAGCAGAUGCAGUUUAUAGCCUUAUUUCCCAUCUGGAAAUUCACCCAGGAAAGAGACUCUUGCUUUGGGGGUUUGGGAUUUUGUUUCGUUUGUACAUAGGAAAAGCUUCAGCCACAUUUCCCUCCUAGUUUACAUUGCAGUGUUAUCUCAGCGGUUGUUUUACAAAGAAGCAGAUGCAGAGAAAAUGAAAACACAGGUCUCUUCAGACUUUCCUGCCAAACGUAUGGCAUUUGAUAGCCAUUCCUCAGUUUAUUUGGCAUGAGAUCAGGACUGCCAGUGUGUAUUGCCACAGCCAUUUUCCUUCCUCUUUUUUUACCCUCUGGCCAGAUGGAGUCCAGCACUUCAAUCAGCAGGCAUUUCACCAUCGAUGACUUUGAAAUAGGGCGGCCACUGGGUAAGGGGAAAUUUGGUAAUGUGUACCUGGCUCGGUUGAAGGAAAACCAUUUCAUUGUGGCCCUAAAGGUCCUCUUCAAGUCCCAGAUAGAGAAGGAGGGAUUGGAGCACCAGCUUCGAAGGGAGGUGGAGAUCCAGUCGCAUUUACAUCACCCCAAUAUCCUGCGCCUGUACAACUACUUCCACGAUGCUCGCCGGGUGUACUUAAUUCUGGAAUAUGCUCCCCGGGGUGAGCUCUAUAAGGAGCUUCAGAGAAACCAGAAGUUAGAUGAGCAGCGCACAGCCACGAUCAUGGAGGAGUUGGCUGAUGCCCUGACCCACUGCCAUGAGAAUAAGGUGAUUCACAGGGACAUCAAACCAGAGAAUCUCCUACUGGGCCUCAGGGGCGAGGUGAAGAUUGCAGACUUCGGUUGGUCUGUGCAUACCCCGUCUCUCAGGAGAAAGACGAUGUGUGGGACUCUGGACUACUUGCCCCCAGAAAUGAUUGAGGCGAGAACGUAUGAUGAGAAGGUGGAUCUGUGGUGCAUUGGGGUGCUCUGCUAUGAGCUGCUGGUGGGAACUCCACCCUUUGAGAGCAGCACUCACAGUGAGACAUACAGACGCAUCCUCAAGGUGGAUUUUCGGUUUCCUCCAUCAGUGCCUAUGGGGGCCCAGGACUUGAUCUCCAAGCUUCUUAGGUACCAUCCCUCAGAUCGGCUGACGCUAGCCCAGGUCCUGAAGCACCCCUGGGUCCAGGAGCACUCUCGUCGGGUGCUGCCUCCCUGUGCUCAGAUGGCUUCCUGAGCCCUGCCUGCCUCUAUCUCUAUGUGUCUCUUCAGGGAGCCCUCCAGGUUCUGCUUGUUACCUCACCUGUUUUGCUUGUUUUCUCUUUUAAGAUGCUAAUUAAAGCUCAUUA